CAACCAGCAAACCAACCAACAUAAUUACCUGUCACUUGUCACCAGCGUGUCUUACUCAUAAUCAUCUACCAAGUCUCCUUUUUGUCCCCUGUCGUCUUGCCUUCACUGUCGAUUCCGAAUCAAAUACCGUCCACCGUAAACGUGCCCGGACCGGGGUGGAGGAGUGAUCGUCAGUCCGAGCGCAGUCCUAUCCCCUUGACGACGCACAGACCCUCUUCUCUUUCGCGCCUAGCAUUGAAUCUUCUAAGAAUAUGACGAGCGAGCCUAACUCUGCGUCCUGGCUCGAUGACGACGAAGGUGGAGAAGUAGAUUUGAGAAAAGAAUUUGCUGCUUCAGAUUCUACAAAUAAUAUCAAAGCUAUCACUAGUGUCCCUUCAUUGGCGUCGAGAUUAGGAGGAUUUGCCAUAGACCCUUCAGAUCCAUCCGGUGAAGUCGCGAAACAACAACCAAUACCUGUUCCUACCACAACACCUCCCUCCCGUCCUCGACCAGAAACCAGCAAUAAUUUAUUCGGCAAAGCUCUAGCUGGAGUCAAGUCUGACAGGGCUCCUGAACCAAUCUCUACUGUACCAGCUCCUUUACCUCAACCUCCGGUAGAACCAAAGGGAGACAGAAUGAGAAGCCAGCAUGAUGAUGAUGGUUGGGGCGGACCGCCUACAACUCAGCAUUUCACAAAUGGACAGACCAAUGGCAAUAAUGGACAUCUUCAACCACAAGACGGUCCCCAAGAUGAACAGUCCGACGCUGGGAUGUCCGCGGAUACCGGUUUAAUCAGUAACGAUUUCCAAGUGGAGGUUAAGUUGGUGGAUCAGCAGGCUGAUCCGAACUCGCCUUUGUACUCUGUCAAGUCUUUUGAGGCGUUACCUCUGCACGAAGAUUUGCUUAAGGGAAUUUACGCUUGCGGCUUUAAGAAACCUUCCAAAAUACAAGAAAAGGCUCUGCCUCUGCUGCUCAACAAUCCCCCUCGUAAUCUGAUCGGUCAAAGUCAGUCAGGUACUGGGAAAACGGCAGCUUUUACUCUCAACAUGUUAUCCCGUGUGGAUCCUUCGAAUGCCACACCUCAAGCCUUAUGUCUUUGCCCCUCUCGUGAACUCGCUCGUCAGACUCAGGAAGUGGUCGAAAAACUAGGACAGUUCACACCUAUCAAAUCCGCUCUCGCUGUGCCGGGCUCGUGGCGGCGUGGAGAGAAAAUCCAGGCUCAGAUUCUUAUCGGGACCCCCGGGACCUUGACUGACAUGUUGAGUAGGGGCACCAGGAUAUUCGAUCCGAAAGAGAUCCGAGUGCUCGUUUUGGACGAAGCGGACGAAAUGCUGGCUUUGCAGGGCUUGGGUGAUCAAACUUCUCGUAUCAAGAGAAUGCUCCCUGCUGGUAUCCAGAAUGUUCUCUUUUCCGCUACCUUUCCCGAUGCUGUCCAACGAUUCGCGGAAAGUUUCGCCCCGGAAGCCAACAAGAUAUUCCUGCGUAAAGAAGAAGUCACCGUGGAGGCUAUCAAACAGCUGUAUUUGGAAUGCGACGGGGAAGAACAGAAAUACAACGCUCUCGCUGCAUUGUAUGAUUGUAUGACCAUUGGACAGAGUAUCGUAUUUUGCAAGCGCAAAGCGGUCGCCGACAGAAUCACCCAACGUCUCCAAGAGGAAGGUCAUCAAGUGGCUUCUCUUCACGGGGACAAACAAAACCAAGAACGUGAUCAGAUCUUGGAUAGUUUCAGAAAUGGAGAAACUAAAGUGCUCAUCACUACAAAUGUCGUAGCUAGGGGUAUAGACAUUCAACAAGUUAACAUGGUGGUGAACUAUGAUGUGCCGGAUCUAGGUCCGGAGGGUAAUUUCGAACCUGAUAUCGAGACGUAUAUCCAUCGUAUCGGUCGAACGGGCAGAUUCGGACGUAAAGGUUGUGCGGUCAUUUUCGUCCAUGAUGAAAGAUCUCGUCGAGAAGUAGCUACCAUCCAAGAUGCUCUCGGAAAGUCUAUGAGACGUAUAGACGCUACGAGUACGACAGAUUUGGAACAAUUGGAAGAAGCUUUGAAAAUCGCCAUGAAGUCUGUCAAUUGAUCCCCCGAUCUUUGACCUUUCCAUGUAUGGAACGAGAAUUUGGUCAACAUCUGACCAGGUCAAUCAUGUAAUGGGAACGUGGUGAAUAUGAAGAGAUCUCAUGAUGAAGGUUUAUAAUCGAAAGAAGUGAAGAGUUUAUAUGAAUAGAGAGAUGAGGAAGAGAUUUACAGUGAUUCAAUGAUCAAUAUCAACUGCAUCGUUACAUGUAUAACAUUACUGCUG